CAAUCGGAGAAGAACCGACUCUCAGACAAGAUUUACGCUUUGGAAAAGAGCAUUUCGCAGUACCGUACCACCGAAAGCGACCUCCGUCAGCAAUUGAGCUCGGCGCUAUCGGAUAAGAAGACGGUUCAAACGGAAUUGGACGAGGCGAAACGUCGUUUGGCUCAAUUCGAAGUGGAUAAAAAAAUAUUUAAGGAGAAAUUCGAUGAGAUGACGCGAUUGAAGUUGAGUUUGAUGAAGAAAAUCGAGUUGCUAGAAGCUGAGAGACGUAAAGCGGAGGCUGUGAUCAGUGAGACGGCGAUGCAACGUGAAGCGAUAGAGAGAUCGCUGAGUGCGUUGGAACGCGAGAAUAAGGUGCGAUUACUGGAGUUUUUAGAUUUAUUAUUAUUAUUAUUAUUAUAUUUGUUAUUAUUAUUUAUAUGUUACGUAUAUUAUAUAUUAUUUAUGCAUAUAUUUAUUAUAAUAAUGUAA